GGGAACUUCCUGGAGAAGCACGCGAACGAGCAGCUGAAGCCGUGUCGGUUACACCCGGAGGACGAUCCUUAUUGUCCGAUCUUCACGCUCGGGACCAUCAUCCAAGAGGCUGGAAUCUCCAACUUCAGUGAUAUUGCCGUCUCGGGCGGAGUGAUAGCCAUAGAGAUUUUGUGGAACUGCGACCUAGAACGGGACUUCCAAAAGCACUGCCUCCCCAAGUACGAAUUCCGGCGAAUCGACGACCCCGAGGUCGUCGUGGAACCCGGC